AUGAUAUCACCAUCUUCUACAAUAAAAAACACGAACACGUCACGUGGCUCAAAUACAAAGAAACCAAAGAACAAGAAGCAUCAUCAAGAUUCUCAGAUUCAUAUCAACCCUAAAUGGAAAUCCCAAGCACAACAACAACUCUACUCCACCAAACUCCGUCACGCCAUAACAAAACUCAACUCAACAACCACUCCCCGCCGUGGAAAAGCUGUCCGUGAAGCAGCCGACAGAGCUCUAGCCGUGACAGCCAAAGGAAGAACCCGAUGGAGCCGAGCCAUUCUGAUGACCCGGCUCAAACUCAGCUUCAUGAAGAAUAAGAACAAGAAGAAGAAGAUACAUCGCGUAACGGCUUUAUUACCGUCUACGCGAUCGAAGAAGUCGAGAGUGAAUGUUUUCCGGUUGAAAGGUAGGGUGUUUCCCGGCGUGCAGAGUAAGGUACGGUUUCUUGGAAGGUUGGUUCCUGGUUGCAAGAAUGAACCGUUACCGGUGAUAUUGGAAGAAGCUAUUGAUUAUAUACCUGCGCUUGAGAUGCAGGUUCGAGCCAUGAGUGCUCUUUUUAAUCUGCUAUCGGCGGCGUCUAGUUCCGGCGCCGGUGGAACUUCCAGUUCCGGCGCCGGUGGAACUUCCGGUUCCGGCUGA